AUGGCUUCAGCUCGAAAUCUUUGUCAACAUUCAGAUACUUAUGGAAAUCAAUGUACAUCUAAUGAUUACAUAUCAUGUCCACAUUGUCAAUUACAGCUGUGUCUGAAACAUUUGAAUUAUCAUCAAGAUUUACUUCGUUGUGAUUUAUAUAGUUUAUGUGAUAGUAUUGAUGGUAUGCAUUUAGAUCUUGAUAAUUUAAUAUUUGAUUCUACAAAUCAUCGUGAAUAUUUAUUUAAACAAUUGGACGAAUGGUAUGAACAACAAAUAAAUUUAAUUAAUAAAAUGUAUGCUGACAAAAAACAAGAAAUUCAAAUUUUAUAUUUAAAAUCACAUAUGGAAUUUGAUAUAUACAAACAUAAAAAAGAAAAGCAAUUAAAAGAUAAUUUAAUAAAACAAUUAAAUAAAGUUUUAAAACAAAAACAGAUACAUGUCGAUGAUUUAAAUGAAAUGAAAAAUAAAUUAGAUUAUAUUCAACGAGGUUUAGAUGAACUUAAACAAUUAAAAAUUGAUAUUUCCUUCAAUAAUUCAACAUUUGAUAUCAAUAUUAUUAAACGACGUUACAUUGAAGCUGCUAAGCCAUUAUUUAAUGACGAUGAUAAUAGCCUAUGGGAAACAGAUGAUGAAGAUGAACAAAAAGACGAUGAGGAAAUAGAAUCAUCUAAAGAUAACCACAUGUUGGAAGAAUUAUCCAAUUGUAAACAAAAAUGUUCUUCAUCGUCUCUUAUUCUCUUUCCAUCACAACCUACUUCUUCAUCAUCAUCAUCGACUAUAAUUGUUAAAAAAGCACCAUUAAAACUCGUUAUCAAACGAUUGCAGCAUCCAACAAUUUCAACUGAAAUCAAAUACAAAUUACAUACAGUAAAUACAUCACUACCGAUCACCACGAAGUAA